AUGGCAGAUCUCCAGGAACCUUCGAUUAUUCCCCUCCUCUCGCGCGCCCUCCACCACAUCCGUUCAACUCCUCCCAGAAUCAUCGCUUCCCCCGCUACCCAACCACGGCGUGCUGCCGUCGCACUGAUCAUUCGCGUGUCUCCCCCCGCAUCAUACACCCCCGCCUCACCCACCCUUCCCCCACAGCUCCAGACAUCUUCCGCUUCCUCCCCGUCGUCUCUCACAGACUUUUUCCAGCUAGACUGGGUCAAUGCACCCGGCGCUAGACCCGAAAUCCUUUUCCUCCGCAGGGACAAACCCGAUGUCGGAGAUGCCUCCCAUAUGAGUGGUAGCAGCCCUCGCGCGAAAGAGGCGCAUGUUGCUUUCCCUGGCGGAAAAACCGAUCAAGGCGAUGAGGGUGGCAUGUACACUGCCAUGCGCCAAACAUGGGAAGAAAUUGGCCUUGACCUCGCCGAGUCAGCCUACACGCCCAUUGGCCAACUUGACGAUCGCGAGGUCACAACGUCGCUUGGAAAGCGUCUUCUCAUGAUCCUCUCGCCUUUUGUCUUCCUUCAGCUCGCUCCCCAGACGACACCUGUCGACCCGGCGCCAGGUACUACCCUUCACUGGGUCCCUCUCGCUGAACUACUCCCGCUUCCGAAUGCAGACAUACGAGAAAAGCGACCUCGGUGGUCCCAUGUGACCGUUGACGCGUCUUCGCGCCUUGCUCCCCGUCACUCAACUAUUCUACGCGUACUCAUGCGUGCCCUUAUUGGAAACAUGCAGUUUCCCGCAAUUAUUGUCUCCCCCUCUUCCUCUGCUUCAUCUUCAUUACUAUAUUCCAGUGACUCAGAGUCGGAGCGAAAUGUGAUCGAUGCAAAGCGUGCACAUGUGGAGAGCGGAUCAGCUUCCUCACUGAAGAGGCAGUCAUCGCUUAGCAAAUUGCGACGCCGAGCAAAUAGACAAGACGAGCAGCUGAAGUUGUGGGGUUUGUCGCUAGGUAUGACGCUUGACCUCCUUGCGCAUAUGGCUGUCCCUGCUUCUGCUGUCGUCCCCUCUGCGAUGACAGCGGCGGAGAGGAUGUCGAAAGGAAACACUGAAAAGCGAGCGGACACAGAGGCAGUGGUUAGUGCGAGUGCGUUGUUACCCCCUGAUGCGGAGUUGCUCGAGGUUUUGCGCAUGCCGGUCGUAGUGCCAAGCUUGACGAGCGUGUUCCCGCGAUUCUCAUAUCCUGAUGUGAACUUCUGGAUAUGGGUGUUCGGAAAGCGAUAUCGUGCCGUUAUGCGCGGGUGGGAGACUAGUGCGCGAGCGGGUGGUAUUAAUGAUAGACGGAUCAAUUGGACUGGCUCUGCACUGACGACGUUCUAUGCGGCGGUGCGCAAGGCGUUGGUCGUCGUGCUGGUCCUACGCGCCAUAGGAGUACUCGUAGGAGUAUUCCUCGGUUCAUGGAUCUUGUUUUGGUAA